AUGGCAGGAGGAAAGAGAAAAUCCGCCGGUCAGCCGUCACGAGUCGUGGGGUUGCUCCGUACACUGUGGCAAGAGAAGCAUUUGAUCUUGUUCAAAGCGGAAUAUACCUUCCUAGUAACUGCCGUCCUUUGGUUUUUGGAGAUAGGAAUAAACAUAUGGGUUAUUCAAAAAGUUGCAUAUACAGAGAUAGACUGGAAAGCCUACAUGGAUGAGGUGGAGGGCGUGAUCAACGGUACCUAUGACUACACUCAGCUUAAGGGAGACACGGGCCCUCUCGUGUACCCAGCUGGCUUUGUGUAUAUCUUCACUGUGUUAUACUACAUUACUGACCAUGGGGUGAACAUUAGACUGGGUCAGUAUGUGUUUGCUGUGUUCUACCUGAUCACCCUGCUACUCGUGUUCCGCAUAUACCACCGCACCAAGAAGGUGCCUCCAUACGUGUUUUUUUUCGUCUGCUGCGCCUCGUACCGGAUCCACUCCAUCUUCGUGCUGCGGCUCUUUAACGACCCCGUGGCCAUGAUGCUGCUCUUCGGCGCCAUUAACCUCUUUCUAGACUCACACUGGACUCUGGGCUGUGCCCUCUACAGUUUAGCUGUGUCUGUGAAGAUGAACAUCCUCCUCUUUGCUCCGGGACUCCUCUUCCUCCUCCUGUCAGAGUUCGGCCUGAUGAAGACCCUGCCCAAACUAACGCUGUGUGCUGUCAUUCAGCUGUUGCUGGGACUCCCGUUCCUCUUGGUGAACCCUGUUGGAUACGUGAGCAGGGCCUUUGAUCUUGGGCGUCAGUUCCUCUUUAAGUGGACGGUGAACUGGCGCUUCCUGCCGGAGUGGCUUUUCCUCAGCCGCUCCUUUCACCUCCUCCUGCUCCUGGCCCACCUCCUCACCCUCACACUGUUCGCCCUCAGGAGAUGGAAGAAGCCUGGUGAGAGUUUGUGGACUUUACUGAAAGACCCAUCUGAGAGGAAAGAAGCCACACAGAAACUGACCGCUGAUCAGACAGUGCUGGUCCUGUUCACCUCUAACUUCGUGGGCAUGUGUUUCAGUCGUUCUCUACACUACCAGUUCUAUGUCUGGUACUUCCACACCUUACCCUACCUGCUGUGGAGCGGGGGCGUGAAAAAACUCGCCCACCUGCUCAGGGUGCUGAUUUUGGGCCUGAUCGAGUUGUCCUGGAACACUUACCCUUCCACCAACUACAGCUCCGCCUCUCUGCACGUCUGCCACCUUAUAUUGCUUUUCUCAUUGUGGCUCAACCCUACAGUGCCACCCCGUGGCCCGGAGGGAGAACAGCAGUCCCAUAACAAAGCCAAACGCCAGUGAGAUGUUCCCAACCAGGGCUCGCUGCCCGGCCUUCGCUCCCUCACCUCCCUGGCCAAUCAGGAGCUCUCUCCCUGUCCCUCUCCUCUGCUCUGGGCAGGGAUUUGAAAGACACUCCUUAUGGGGUGUUGGAGGUGCACCUGCUGUUACCAACCAACUGUAUGUCCUCCUCGUGAGAGUGUGUACAGCGAGGGAGGGGACUGGACGCAGUGGAGCUGUUGCAGUUACAUGUUGUUGUUUUUUUGUUUUUUUUCUUGUUGGGGGCAGAGACAGAAAAAGGCAGAUUUCUCAGGAUUAUAAGAAUGAAUUUUACAAACUCUUGCGCAUGAGAGUGCAUAAUGUGAAUGUUAGUGUUGUGGGGGUCAGUGCUGACCUCCGAUGACCCUGUUGACCCCGGUGACCCGACGUGACCCUGUGCGACGACGGCGGCUGAGAAAAGGCUGGUGCCGUGCCGUGGCGUCGUCGCGUUCAGCAGUUACUCUGCGGUUGAUUACGCGUGUUUAUCAAAAUGCAAUACGAAAAGUUCAUACAUGUCUUUAAUUCCACAUCAGGGACUUCUUGAAGUUUACGUCUAGGUGUAGUUAAGCUAGCUUUUACAUUCGGAAACAGGUGAGGUUAAGCUAUCGUCAAAAUAGCAUGUACCCAUCCGACAUACUGUACUUAUACAGGGCACAAGGCAAAACUGUAGGCUAUCAUUUCCAGCAUUCUGUUAGCCAAUCAGACGUGAUGUAACAUUUCGCUUGGACUGUUAUGAUAAUCAUUGAAGGCUUUAAUUCAUUUUUGUAGGUUUUUUUUUGUUGUUGUUGUUUUCUUUUUUGAAUGCUAAAUUGUGUUAGGUGGAGCAGGGGACUGAGAGGCAGCAUUGAUAGAUUAUGUUUUCUGUGAUAUUUUGGUGUUGUUUGGAGUGUAGACUGACUGGUUUGAAAGGUUUUUCUGUGUUAUGAUUUGGUUGAUAUUUUGCAUGGUGUCCUCUUGAAGGCAGUUAGAGAAUGGUCCAUAGAGUCCUUUUAUGUCACAGACAUGU